AAGUCUUAUUUCAGUUGACGCCACAUUGGGCGACUUGCGCACCAGUGGUGAGGAUGAAGUGAUGAUGAGGACAACACAACACCCAGUCCCUGAACAGAGAAAAAUAUCCAACUUGGCCGUGUAUCGAACAUGGGCCCACUUGCAUGGGAGAUACAGUGCUGCAUUCCUCUCUGGCUACAUCACAGGAUCCCGUGAUGCUGAGGAUGCCACUUCACUGUCUGCAAAACAGCUUGGCACAGAAGGGCUACCUCAUCAACCCGUGCAAUGUACUGCAGCAUGCCAGCUGUGUACAGCCGCAGAGUUUUGACGACAUCAGGAUGUGCCGGCAGCCGACUCAGCAGCCUUCAUACCCGUUGCCUCAGUGCCACUCUCUGGGAGCCACAGGGUGGCCCACUACGUGCUUCUUCACCAUUGUGGUUAAGAUCGUGGUGACAACAAGCACCUGUGAUCUGACAGCCAAAUCUGCAGCCCUCACCUUGGAAUGCCUCUGGCAUGUGUUGGGAGCCAACAAUACUGCCCAUGGUAGCAAGCCAUCGAGUGGCCCGCUGUUGGCUGGCUACAGACCCUACGUUGGUCUUAGAGGGUUGAACCAGCAACCCACCGUGGACUGGAAUGCUGGUGCCCCAUCUGAUGCUGCGUGUAGCCGGUGGUGUGACAUUCCCCGCCAUCCAGGAGAGCUACCACACUUGAAUCCCCCUCAUUAGAAAAUGCAUCUAUUUAUAUGCAGCUGUGCGCCUCUGUUUUGCUAAUGCGCCACUCCGAGUCAUGUACUCGUAACACCUAGGUUGCUCCAGUGGGCCGCUUCUGCCUGUAACUUGUGCCAUGCAAACCACUGCAUUUACUCUUUCCAGUGGUUCGACGGCCCUGUGGCAGCCAUUCUACUUCGCAACUACUGGUCAGUGUAAUGUACUGUCAACAGGCCUUCACCUGGCUGUAACUUGUGCGCUCAAAAAUAUUGCACUGAAUCCAACUUUCCUAUCUUAAACGCUAAAAUAUGAUUAGAUAUCAGGGUGGAAUAAAAUUAGAGGAUGAAUUAUAUUAAGAAGAUACCAUAUCUGAAAAUGAAACAGCAGAAUAUAUACAAGCAACAGUUAAUGCAUCUGUAAACGGAAUUGUUACCUCAGUACUCCUUGAUACUGGCGCAAGUAUUUCAGUGAUAAAAGGGCAAUUUUUCAAGAGAGUUUUGCAAGUCAAGCAAUUAUUGAUUCUGCCAGUGAGUAGCCCGCAUCUCGUAGUCGUGCGGUAGCGUUCUCGCUUCCCACGCCCGGGUUCCCGGGUUCGAUUCCCAGCGAGGUCAGGGAUUUUCUCUGCCUCGUGAUGGCUGGGUGUUGUGUGCUGUCCUUAGGUUAGUUAGGUUUAAGUAGUUCUAAGUUCUAGGGAACUGAUGACCAUAGAUGUUAAGUCCCAUAGUGCUCAGAGCCGUUUGAACCAGUGAGUAACUGUAAAGUUAUAGGAACUUCGAGAAAGAAAUCACAGAUGGUGAAGUUCAAAAUGCAGAUAGAGCUUUCCCUCAGAAAUGAUAGCCUCAGGUGCAUGUUCCUAUUUAUGGAAUACCUGUCUGUACCAAUAAUUUUGAGCUUCGAAUUUCUCCAGGAUAGAGGAUCAAUAAUAGAUCUUGCCCAAGGAAUCUGCAAACUGAAGUACCAGGAGCAAAAGAUAACCUUACAGCUAAAUCAGGAAAUUAAGGCAGGCCUUCAGCUGACUAGAACUGUAAAUAUAGUGGUCAGUGAACAAAAAUUGCUUAUAUUAGAGUAUGCUCACCUAAAACAGGUGUUAUAAAAGGUUAUAUUUAUGAUAUGAAUGUGUAUCCGCCCAAGACCUAUUUUAAGGCUUCAUGUUUGGUCCCUUGGAUGAAGAAGAGUGAGGUAAUGAGAGAGAUAAAAAAAUGCAAGAUUGGCAAAUUAUCAAGCCAUCAAAUUCACUCUAUAGUAGCCCCUUAUUAGCCACAAUGAAAGCUGACAAAAGCAUAUGACUAGUCCUAGUUGCACGGGACAGAAAUAAAAUUGUUGUGGUGCUAUGCACUUGGCCUGAAAAUCUUGACGAAAGAAGAAAAAUAAAAAGUGGCAUCUACUAUAUAAAGAGCCAUUCAAGAUUGUUUCAGUUCCUCAUGACAAUUGCUGUUUACUGCAAGACAUCAAUACUGAAAGUAUAAAGGGACUCUAUUGUCAUAGGGACCUUAAGAAAUAUUUGCAAUAAGAACCACCGUUCUUUGAUUGCAAGUAACAAAAUACAAGGGUCGUCCACAAAGUGAGUUCUGUUUCUAUGCCUACCCGCAGCAGUGCUAUGAUAGCAGUUCCGAGCAUGCGUGGCAGUUACUCUGACUCAAGGAGAAGACAUGUACGCCAUUUUCAGAUUGCUGCUGCCGACGUGUGCUUUGUAGUGCUUCUUUAUGUCAGCCAUAAUUGAAAAUGCCACCAUGUGUGAAAUCAGGCUGGUGAUUUGUUUUCUAAAUAAGAAGAAAGUUAAACCAAAGGAAAUUCAUCAGCAAAUCUGUGAGGUUUAUGGACAAAAUGCUAUGAGUGAUUCAAUGGUUAGAAGAUGGGUCAGACCGUUCAAUGAAGGACGUAAUCAUGUGCACGAUGAAGAAUGAAGUGGACGCCCGUCUGUGGUUACUGAUGAACUGGUUCACACCAUUGAAGAGAAGACUAAGCACAACUGUAAGUUUACACUUAGUGCCCUUGCUAUGAAAGUUCCACAAAUAUCAUGAUCACUAGUUCAUGAAAUUUUUACUGCAAAACUGAAAUUUCGAAAACUUUGCUCAUGUUGGGUACCCAAAAUUCUUACCGAACAUCACAAAAAACAACGGAUGGGCAGUGCUCUUCUGUUUUUGACACACAACAAUAAAGAAGGUGAUGGUUCGCUAUCUCGGAUAGUCAUGGGGGAUGAAAUUUGGGUAUGUUAUGACACCCCUGAAAACAAAACAGCAAUCAAUGGAAUGGAGGCACACUUCAUCCCCAACGAAGGUUAAGCCUAAGCAAAUCUUGACACCUCGAAAAGUCAUGUUCACCAUUUUUUGGGACAGAAAAGGCAUUUUGCUGAUUGAUUUCUUACCACAAGGCCAAACAAUCAAUGUACGUGGCUAUUGAGAGACCAUUAAAAAAUUGUGUCGUGCAAUACAGAACAAACACCGAGGAUUACUGGCAAAAGGUGUUGUUUUUUUCCACAAUAAUUCCCGACCUCACAUGGUGAAUGCAACCAGACAACUCUUAUGGGAAUUUCACUGGGACACGUUUGAUGAUCCUCCAUACAUCCCGGACCUCACUCCUAGCGACUUUCAUCUCUUUUUACACCUAAAAUCUGUCCUUGGUAGUCAACACUUCAAUGAUGAUGACGAGCUGAAAGAACAUGUUACCACAUGGUUUAAUACACAGGUGGCAACCUUCUAUGAAGAAAGCAUACAAAAACUUGUGCCACACUAUGACAAGUGCCUACAAGAUUUUGGAAGCUAUGUAGAAAAGUAGUUUAACAGUUGUAGAUUUUUGUACAAUAAAUAUUUUUUCUGUAUCUGUACAUGUUUGUUUUAUAUAACCAAAUGGAACUUACUUUGUGGACAUACCUCAUAUCUUCAUGCACAAGCACUAUUGUAAAGUAUGUAAAUAGUAGUUAUAGAGCAGCUUAAUUGUAAAUUCUUUUACUCAUGUGUCUUAGUUUACAAGGAUUUAUUUCAGGUCAUGUAUGACCCGACGAUAUGUUUAACUUUAUCUAUUUAAAAAAAAGAAAGUC